UCUGGUGCAGCCGGCACUCCUUUCCUGCUCUUUGCUCGUCCCCAGCACCGUCUCUGGCACAUUCUUGCAUUCGAAAGCUCGCGCUCUCCGAUCUUGCACGCUGAUUGGUCCGUCAGGAGAAACGCGAAAGAUGGCCGGCAACAACAUUAGACCUGUGUACGAAAAGGGCCAGCACACGCUGGCGGUCCCGAUGACCAUGUUUGCCGAAAAUCGGGCCCGGCUCUUGGCCCGUCUCCGAGCGGCGGCCGGCGUCACCGGGGCCUCGGUGGUUCUUCUGCAGGGCGGCGACACGCACAACGUGUACUGCACGGACGCCGAGGAAGUCUUCAGACAGGAGUCAUUUUUCCACUGGGCUUUCGGCGUACUCGAGCCGGGCUUUUACGGAGCGAUCGUGGUGGGCAGCGGCGAGACGAUCCUGUUCGCCCCUCGGCUUCCGGAGGACUAUGACGUGGUGAUGGGUCCGAUUGCGAGCAACGACGAGUGGAGACAGCGGUACGCCGUGGACCGGGUGCACAACACGGACGAGGUCAGCCAAGUGCUGCGGUCCCUGAACCCUGACCAUCUCCUGCUGCUGAAUGGACUAAAUAGUGACAGUAGGUUGACAUGCAGACAGGCAGCUUUCGAUGGCAUCCAUGAAUUCACAACGAAUACUGAGACUUUGCACCCUGAGAUAUCGGAAUGCCGAGUCCAGAAAUCGCCAAUGGAGCUUGAGGUGAUGCGCUACGUGGCUCGCGCCUCUUCGGAGGCCCACGUCAGCGUGAUGCGCAGGGCCAGGCCUGGAAUGUUUGAGUACCAGUGUGAGGCCGAGUUCCAGAGACACGUUUACUUCAACGGUGGCUGCAGACACUGCGCCUACACGUGCAUCUGCGGCACCGGCACCAACUCGGCUGUCCUCCACUACGGACAUGCCGGCGCCCCCAACUCUCGGCAGAUCCAAGACGGGGACAUGUGCUUGUUUGAUAUGGGUGCCCAGUAUUACUGUUACGCGUCGGACAUCACUUGCUCAUUCCCAGCCAAUGGAAAAUUCACUGAUGAUCAGAAGAUGAUUUACAAUGCUGUGCUGAGAGCCAACAGGGCUGUGAUUGCUGCUAUGCGACCAGGAGUGUCAUGGGUCGAGAUGCACCGUCUGGCCAACAGGGAAAUGCUUUUGGCCAUGAUUGAAGGAGGUGUCCUUCAAGGCAACAUUGACGAGAUGAUGGAAGUGAACUUGGCCGCCACCUUCCAGCCGCAUGGUCUCGGCCACUUGCUGGGUUGUGAUGUCCACGACGUGGGUGGCUACCUGUCGCACUGCCCUCCGCGCCCUGAACAGCCAGGGUUCCGCUCUCUUCGCACUGCCCGCAACCUGGAGGCCAAUAUGGUGGUCACUGUUGAACCUGGCUGCUAUUUCAUUCCCAGGCUGCUUGAAGAGGCUCUGGCCGAUCCGCGCAGGAACCGAUUCUUGGUGCGAGAGGCCAUUGAGAGACUGCGGGGCUUUGGCGGUGUUCGCAUUGAGGACGAUGUGGCUGUCACCGAGACGGGUGCUGAAAUCUUGAGCAUUGUGCCCAGAACGGUUGAAGAAAUUGAGCAGGUGAUGGCAGCAGGACGCCAAGAAGAGGAGGUGGUCUUGCCACAGGACUUGGUAACCAAACCUGGCCACUAAUAAAAAUACAGUAUUAUAUCUUAUCCCAUGUCUUAUCCCUUGCAAUGUAUUUAACGAAAUAUUGCUAAAUUUUGGAAGCUAUUGAAUUUUUAAUAAUCGGUUUUAUAACUAUAUGUAUUAAUUAUAAAACUGGUGGUGAUAAUUCAGAUGGACUUGAAAUAAAUUUUUAAUUUUGUAUGUUAUGGAAAUUUA